AUGCAAAGACAAGACGAAGCCUUAUCGGUGCCAACACCGCCAGAGUUUCUGCCGGCCAACUCCUCACUCGUUGACAACCUACCGCUCACGUUGCCGAACACGUUAUCAGUGUCCAAGGUCAAGGGCAUAACCGUCAUUGUUACCCUUGCAGGCAUUAGUUUCCUCAAUACUAUGGGCUCCGGUAUCCUUAUUGCCGCCCUGCCUCGAAUUGCAUCAGAUGUUGAGCUUUCCGAUGCUUUGAUCCUAUGGCCAGCAGCAGUCUAUGCCCUUGCGGCAGGCUGUCUUCUUCUUAUCUUUGGCGCAGCUGCGGACGCAAUUGGGGCCAAAAUUGUGUGGAUAACUGGAAGUUAUCUCUUCGUCGUUUUCACCGUUGCAUUGGGCCUGGCAAAUACUGGUCUCCAAGUCAUUCUGUUUCGAACAUUCUUGGGUGUCGCCAUAUCUAUGUGCUUACCUACGGCUGUGAGUCUCAUUACGAAUACGUUUCCUAAAGGGACUUGGAGGAAUGUAGCUUUCGCGAUGAACGGCAUGGGACAACCGCUUGGCUAUGCACUGGGAUUGGUGCUCGGCGGUAUUUUCACGGAUUCGAUUGGUUGGCGGUGGGCAUAUUACAUGAUGGCUAUCAUCAAUUUUGUCCUUUCGACAGCUUCUAUUUGGUCCCUUCCAGACGUGGAGCCGGGAGGCGAGAAGAGAUGGACGAAGCGGCUGGCGGAGGACAUAGAUUGGGCGGGCGCGGCCAUCAUGAGUGUUGCUUUGGGAUUGCUGUUGUAUGCCCUGGCAACAAUCACAACGUCGUAUGCAAGCAUCAAGGGUCCCGGAACCAUUGCUUGCCUAGUAGUUUCGGUAAUUCUGCUAGUUAUGUUCCCUAUGUGGAUGAACUAUCAGACGAACAGGGGACGACCGGCGUUGAUUCCGAAUAGUUUGUGGAAGAAUGCUCCGUUUACCACUAUCUGCCUGUCAGUCUUUUUUUGCUGGGCGGCUUUGAAUGGGAUUGAGUACUUUACAACUCUCUAUUUUCAGCAAGUAGAAGGCCUACCGGCCUUGCAAAGCUCCCUUCGUUUCCUCCCUCACGUUAUCAUGGGAAUAUGCGUCAAUGCGGCCACGGCAUAUCUUAUUUCGCGAGUUCAAGUGCAGACUCUUGCGGUAGUUUCAGCUUUGAUCACCGUGGUAGCUCCGGCUCUGAUGGCUACUAUCAAGGUUGGCGAAAAUUACUGGUAUGCCCCAUUUUGGGCAUUGUUUCUGUCCCCUGUCAACCCGGACGUACUCUUCACAGUAUCAAAUCUCAUCAUAUCCGAUGCAUUCCCUGUCGACACGCAAUCUCUAGCAGGCGGUGUUUUUAGUGAGGUGUCACAGUUUGGAAAUUCGGUUGGUCUUGCUGUGACAGCAGCCAUAGCUGCGUCAGUAACCGAGCACUCAGGCUCCAAGGAUACUAGAAUUGCUUUGAUGGAUGGCUUCCGAGCUGCCUUUUGGACUAUUUUUGUUGGUGCGGCUGGAGUAGCUGUUAUUUGUUUCUUCGGGUUGAGGAGGGGUGGAUUCAUUGGGAAGAAGGAUAAUUAA